UCAGUGUUGCAGACCUGAACAAGAGAAGGAAGGAGAGAAACAACUCUGGCAGCAGCAGGAAAAGAAGAGACACCUGAGAGAAGAUAGAAAAGAGAGAAAAUCAUCACCUGAAAUUGGGAAAUUUAUAAAGAUUUUAAGAAUAAUAUAAACAAAAAAGAAGAAACAGGACAGAAAAAGGUUUUAUACAGUGAACUGUGUGGAAGAAGUGUUUCAAGCAUGUUCCUGCUUCUCUCAUUGUGCAUGUUCGGUCUCCUGCUGAGAGGUGAAGCUCAGAGCCGAGCCUCUCUGUGGAAGGAAAACGACAGAAGUGGGCGAUGCCAGUACACCUUCACUGUGCCCAGCCCUGCAGAGAGCAGCUGCCCACAGAUGUCGGGUCCGGAGGUGGAGGGUCUGAAGGCGAGGCUCACCAUGCUGGAGGUGCUGGUGGCCCGGCUGAGCGGAGGCGAGACUCAGCUGCCAGGGGGUCGCCAGGGACCCGGAGCCAGAGCUCAGACUGAGCUCCAGGAGACGCUGAACCAGGCGGUGGGAGAGAAGAACCUGCUGCAGGGGGAGAAGGAGCGUCUGGAGAGGGAGGUGGAGGGGCUUCAGCGCAGGAUGGAGGAGAUGAGGAUUGAGACGGAGAGGCUGAGGAACAGACCCUGUCCUCCCCAGACCCCGGUGGUCCCACCCAGCCAGCCUCUGCAGGACAGGGGCCCCAAGAGACCCGCUGCUGGCUCCAAUCCGAUGUCUCACCUGAUGACCAGGCCAAACAGGCAGGGAGACAGCAGCAGCCUGAGAGAUUCAGCGUGGCAGUAUGGAGCUCCAGGUUUUCAGGAGCUGAAGGCUGAGGUGACGGAGGUUCCUGCUCCUGACAGCAAUGACGACGACACAGGUUGUGGGGUGCUGGUUUCAGUCCUUGAGCCGGUCACUCACAGGAAGGCCGACAACAUUGCAGGUAAAUAUGGUGUUUGGAUGCAGGACCCUGAGGCUGUUUCUCCGUAUGGACCCAACAUGGUUUGGCGAAUCGAUGCCAUCGGCACUGAGGUACGGCAGCUGUUUGGGUAUGAGGAUAUGGAGCAGCUCUCUAAAGGCUUUCCAUCCAAAGUGCUGCUGCUGCCAGAACUAGUCGAGAGCACCGGUGCUGCUUUGUUCCGAGGCUCCCUGUAUUAUCAGAGACGUCGCAGCCGCACUCUGAUCCGCUAUGACCUGGCAUCAGAGACCAUCGCGGCCCGUCGUGACCUUCCCCACGCCGGCUUCCAUGGCCAGUUCCCAUACUCCUGGGGAGGCUACACAGAUAUCGAUCUGGCUGUGGACCAGAAGGGACUGUGGGCCGUCUACUCCACCAGCAAGGCCAAAGGGGCGAUCGUGAUCUCACAGCUCGACCCGCACAGCCUGGAGGUGAAGAAGAGCUGGGAAACCAACAUCAGGAAGAACUCCGUGGCCAACUCAUUCAUGAUCUGCGGCAGGCUGUACACCGUGGCCAGCUAUGCCGCUCCUGAAACCAUCAUCAACUACAUGUACGACACCGAAACCAGCCAAGGGAAGACCGUGGCCAUACCUUUCAGGAACAAGUACGGCUACAACAGCAUGAUUGACUAUAACCUGGCUCAGAGGAAGCUGUUUGCCUGGGACAACUUCCACAUAAUAUCCUAUGACCUCAGGCUGGGUCGCCAGCAGGCCAACUGAGGCCAACAUGAGUGACUGCUAAGAAGUGACCUUUGCUCACCUGUUCCUGCUUCAAAGACUCACAGCUUUAGAGCUUUACUUGAGUGGCCACAGUAGUUAGAAAGCCAACACCAUCAGUUUAUACAUGUAGACAAGCCUAACUACCAAACUGAAGACAUUUGAGGAACAGUGUCCCCAGCUGGUCUGCUUUUCUUUUUUUUCUCAGUGGGUGGGCUUUUUUUUGCUGUGGCUUGAUCCACAAACAUGUUUUUAGAGGAAUUAUUUUUCUACCGCCUUUAACUCAGAUGUAUGAUUUUGUUGUUUUCUUGUUAAACUAUAUAUAUUUGAGGUCUGAAAAAAAACAUAGUUCAAUUUCACCAACUAAGUGGGAUAAUCAUUGCAUACAAUCUACAAAUCCCGUGGUACGACAUGCCCUAAAAUGUUUCACCAGUCAACACCAUCUGUCAAAUAAACUGCUUUCUCACUUAGUAUGUAUUGAAUAUUGCAUGUUCUUGUACAUUGUAGUCAUCAUAAUGUUCAAAACCAUCCUGAAAUAAAUUUUAAAAUCCUAAA